GCCCCCCCCCCCUCCACGGGGUUCCACCAACGUAAUAAUAUAAAUCUUGACGUAAGCAUUCCCCGUCCCUGUUCCGCUUCCGCUCCCCUUCGCCGGAUCCCAGUGUCGGCGAUCCCACCCCCCCGGGCCCCGGCCCCGACUGCCCUCACCCGCUGGCCUUUAGGUUUCCGGCGGUGCGCCAAUGCGUCGGAGCUGAGACAGAGAUCCGGAUCCUCGCCGAGAUCAAGAUCAUCGGAAGCGGAUGGGGAACACCUGCGUCGGCCCGAGCAGCGCUGGGCGUCACGGAUUCUUCCAGUCCGUCUCUGCGGCUCUCUGGCGGGCCCGCUCGCCGGACGGCCCCGAGGCUCUCCCUUCUCCCGCCUCCACCUCCACCGGCACCGCCACCGAUCCCGCCCCGGACAAGCCGCCGGAGCCCGUGAAGAUCCCCGACGAGGACCUUAAGAAGCCGCCGCCGCCGGCGGUGGUUCCACCGCCGUCUCCCACGUCGGAGGAGCUCCCUCCCCAAUCCUCGCCCCCCAAGAAGCCUACUCACAUCAAGCGGGUCUCCAGCGUCGGCCUCCAGGUCGAUUCUGUCCUCCAGCGCCGGACCGAGAAGCUCAAGGACCUCUACAGCCUCGGUCGGAAGCUUGGCCAGGGGCAGUUCGGCACCACCUACCUCUGCGUUGAGAAGACCACGGGAAAGGAGUACGCUUGCAAGUCCAUCGCCAAGCGGAAGCUCGUGACCGAGGAGGAUGUCGAGGACGUGAGGAGGGAGAUUCAGAUCAUGCACCACCUCGCCGGCCACCCCAAUGUGAUCUCGAUUGUUGGGGCCUAUGAGGACGCUGUGGCCGUGCACCUCGUGAUGGAGCUUUGUGCUGGGGGAGAGCUUUUUGAUCGGAUAAUUCAGAGGGGGCACUAUUCAGAGAAGGCAGCUGCUGAACUCGCGAGGGUGAUCGUUAGUGUCGUGGAGGCAUGCCAUUCAUUAGGGGUCAUGCACCGGGAUCUCAAGCCUGAGAACUUUCUUUUCGUCAAUCAGAAAGAGGAGUCGCCGCUUAAGACCAUUGACUUUGGGCUGUCCAUAUUCUUCAAGCCAGGGGAUACAUUUACAGAUGUUGUUGGUAGUCCAUACUAUGUUGCUCCAGAAGUUCUGCUGAAACGUUAUGGUCCUGAGGCAGAUGUUUGGAGUGCAGGAGUAAUUAUAUAUAUCUUAUUGAGUGGGGUCCCUCCAUUUUGGGAUGAAUCAGAGCAAGGGAUAUUUGAACAAGUUUUAAAAGGUGAUCUUGACUUUUCCUCAGACCCUUGGCCCAGUAUCUCAGAGAGUGCAAAAGAUUUGGUUAAGAGAAUGCUUGUGAGAGAUCCCAAAAAGAGAUUGACUGCUCAUGAAGUUUUAUGCCACCCUUGGGUCCAGGUUAAUGGUGUAGCUCCUGAUAAGCCUCUUGAUUCUGCUGUCCUAACUCGAUUGAAGCAAUUUUCUGCAAUGAACAAGCUUAAGAAAAUGGCCCUUAGGGUCAUUGCUGAGAGCAUGUCUGAAGAAGAAAUUGCAGGCCUCAAAGAAAUGUUCAAGAUGAUAGACACAGAUAAUAGUGGUCAAAUCACAUAUGAGGAACUCAAGGCUGGUUUGCAAAGAGUUGGUGCAAACCUUAAGGAGUCUGAAAUUUUAGCUCUUAUGGAAGCGGAACCGGAUAGGGCAGCCAGGACGGCCCCCAUGCCAUCGGGGGAUGAAACCUUGGUCUGAAGUCAAAUUCCUUCCAACCAGGCAGAUAUUGACAACAGUGGAACUAUUGAUUAUGGGGAAUUUCUAGCUGCAACCCUGCAUCUAAACAAGAUCGAGAGAGAGGAUAAACUCUUUGCAGCUUUCUCAUACUUUGACAAAGAUGGGAGUGGUUACAUUACUCAAGAUGAGCUCCAAAAAGCCUGCGAAGAGUUCGGCAUAGGAGAUGUCCAUCUUGAAGAGAUUAUUCGAGAAAUAGAUCAGGAUAAUGAUGGACGAAUUGACUAUAAUGAGUUUGUGGAAAUGAUGCACAAAGGAAAUGCUGGUUUUGGAAAGAAGGGCCUACAAAAUAAUUUAAGCUUUGGUCUCAGGGAGGCACUGAAGCUUGGCUAAAAGUGAUUAGGUUUUGCAGUCAGAGUGCAUAUGGUCAAAAAGGCAGUCUCCUCAGCACUAUGUAACUGCAUAUGCAGCAUUCUUAGCAAGGUGUAAAUAUUUAAUUGUUGGAGAAGAGUGGUUUUCAUUUAACAUGAGCAGAUUUGCGAGCAACCGAAGAACACAUCUCAUGUUGUUCUUUUUCAGCAAAUAUGCACCUAACAGAUAUUCAGUUUUCAACCAGGGCUCACGUGCAGUGUGAUGAUAUUAACAUUUUCAGGUUUCAAUCAGGGACCUUGUGUGGUGUGAUGCUAACUCAAAUUGAAGGAGGAACCCACUUGAAAUUGGAUUGCCAAGGCCUAGCCAUCCACCAUGAUUCACAAGUGACCUUAGCAUGCAGAAUGUAAAGAUUUGAUGGAUAUAUUAUUAUAUUGACUGCUGUAAAUCCUGGAGCCACUCACAAGAGCCCCCAAUCACAAUGGGAUUGAACAUUUCUUCAAUCAUUUUUCAUUCAAGAUAGUUUUACUUUGUUGUGCUUAUCCUGAAAUCCCAUAUUGCACGAUCUUACCUCCAAUGCCCGUUAUCCUGGCAGUGCCGACCUUUUUUAAGUUUCCAGACUCCCAUCCAGGAUGGAUCCUUUAUUGAGCUCCACACUUUUGUUAGCAAAUGGCUUCCUUUAAAGCUUUGCUCUCAAUUCUCAUGUACAGGUACAUAAAUAUUGUAUUCUGGAGAAGAGUCGUUUUGAGAAGUGCUUUUGUGCUGAUGAGUUAAAAUGGACGUUGUAAUUUAUGCAAUGAUUAGGGUAUAUAUGCAACUUUCAGAGAGCUUCAAAACUUUUGGGGAAGCCAGGUCACUUGUGAAUCAUGUUAUUUUCAUGAUUUUAUUUUUGUUACUGCAUUAAUGAUUUUGUAAGUUUUUGAUUCCAGUCUAA